CUGAAAGGAGACCCCUGCUUAUGAAGAGAUGACGUGUAAUGGCCCAGAUAACUCAGAAGCUUGUGCUGCUCCAGACACUGACCAUGACCAGGAAUGGGCACAGGAACACUACCGACUAGGAACUUUUGUUGAAUUUCCAUUUGGCUGUCCUGUUUCAGCAUCAGCACUAGCACAAGCUGGCUUUGUUUAUACUGGAGAAGGUGACAAAGUGAAGUGCUUCAGUUGCCGUACAACUGUUGAAGGAUGGGUGCCUGGGGAUUCUGCAGUUGAGACACACAAAAAGCUUUCCCCAAAUUGCAAAUUUAUUACUGAAUCUACUUUUCUGGAAAAUAAUGUACAUCCUCUUGCCCAGAACUACCAGCAUAGAACUGAAAACGGUUCCAGCAAUUCAGCCCUCCCGUGUACUCUGGAUGACACAUCUGAUCUGGAGGCAGAUUACCUUUUAAGAACUAGGCAGGUUGUGGAUAUGUCAGAUAAUUUGUUUCCUAAAAACCCUGCUAUGUGCAGUGAAGAGACAAGAUUAAACUCUUUUCACAACUGGCCCCUCAAUGGCCAGUUGACACCAACGGAAUUAGCUAAUGCUGGAUUCUAUUAUACAGGUGCUGGUGAUCAAGUGGCAUGUUUUUGCUGUGGUGGGAAAUUGAAAAACUGGGAACCCAGUGACAGAGCUUGGUCAGAACACAAAAGGCAUUUUCCGAAAUGCCUUUUUGUCUUGGGCCGGGAUGUUGGAAAUGUGCAAAGUGAAUCUAUUCCAGCUGAGCUUGGGAGGAGUGCUCUGAACAAUGCACAGCAUCCAAGGAAUCCAUCUAUGGCAAAUUACGGGAGACGUUUACAAACAUUUUUAACUUGGAUAUAUCCUGUUGACAAGGAGCAACUUGCUGAAGCUGGGUUCUAUAGCACAGGUAAUGGUGAUCAUGUGUUGUGUUUCCACUGUGGUGGAGGAUUGCAAGAGUGGAAGGAAAAUGAAGACCCAUGGGAUCAACAUGCCAAAUGGUUUCCUGGGUGCAGAUUUGUGAGCAAGGAAAAGGGGAUAGAAUUUAUAAAUAAUGUUCACUUAAGAGAUGGAUGUAGGGAUUCAACAGCAGAAGCUGCUGAAGGGACAAUACUUCCUAAAGAUUAUCUCUUACAGAAUCCUUUGGUACAAAGUGCCAUAGACAUGGGUUUCAGUUUGUCUGAGAUUAGGAACACCAUGGAAAAGAAAUUGCAGAUGUCUGGAGAAAGUCACACAUCUGUUGAGGAUCUGGUAGCAGACUUAAGUGCUCAAAAAGAAAAUACAAGGGAAGAAGAACGAAAUGAAAUCUCAGUUGAGGAAGAUGAGCAUCUCAGUACUGAAGAGAAGUUAAGACGCUUGCAGGAAGAAAAACUUUGUAAAAUCUGUAUGGCUAAAGACAUAUCAGUAGUCCUCAUUCCCUGUGGUCACCUAGUUGCCUGUAAGGAAUGUGCUGAAGCACUUGAAAAAUGCCCUCUGUGUCGUACAAAUAUUAUGAAAAAACAGGAAAUUUUUAUGUAUUAG